UGGCUUCACCAUGGAUGAGACUGUUGCUGAGUACAUCAGGAGAACUGUGCUCAAAAUACCCCGCGAUGAGAUCAAGACAAUGCUGCAGAUGUGGGGCUUCCUCUCCGAGGCCCAGCUGCAAACCUUGAACUUCCGUCAGACCAAGGAUAACAUUUCCCAAGAGGUUGUUCAGCUCUGUGAGGAUAAUUCUGCAGACAUAAAGCAAGCAGCAGUCCUGGACAUAAUUUACAACCAUGUCUAUCCGAACAAAAGAGUAUGGAGUGUUUACCAGAUGAACAAAUCAGGGGAAGAAACAGAGUUUUUUGACUUAACAGAUUUCAAAAAAAAAUUUAAAAGACGACUGAAGACAGCUCUGAAAAAUGUUACCAUCAAUUUUAGAGAAUAUGAGGAUAAUGCAAUUUGGAUUAGGAUUGCUUGGGGAACACCAUAUAAAAAACCAAACCAAUAUAAAACUAGCUAUGUUGUAUACCAUUCGCAGACACCCUAUGUCUUCAUUUCUGCCUCAGUGAUUAGGAGCACCUUACCUCUGCUAUGCCAGGCACUGGUUGUGGCUUCCAAUUACCAUGACAUCCGUGAAAUGGAGCUUCGAAGUCAUUGCUUAAGCUCCCUUCAAGAUAUUGUGUUUAAGAGAUUUAGCCAGACCUUCCAGACGUAUUGUCCAAGACCCCUACAAGAAAGGAAUGUAACCUCAGAGAAUGUGGAUUUAAGGAUAAUUCAAGAAAACAAAAAUGAAAAAGAAAGAAUACUGAGACUGAAUCGUGAAGUUUUUGGUGAUGCUCCCCAACCAAAACUUGAAUUUGCACAAUAUAAGCUUGAGACAACGUUUAAAAGUAACCCUGUGCUGGAUGUCUCGGGUAUAAAAGAGCCAUUCAGAUGUCUUGUCAAGUUUUCUAGUCCACAUCUCUUAGAAUCACUGAAAUCCUUGGCACCAGCAGGUCUGGCUGAUGCCCCACUUUCACCACUACUUACAUGUAUACCACAAAAAGCGAGGAAUUAUUUUAAAGUUAGAGAGAGGAAAGGUUUCUUUCCAGGAAGCUUUGUAAGCCCUUAAGUUAAGACUGAUUUUAUAGAAAAAUAUAGAAGUCAUUUUUUACUGACAUUAUCCAGAUCAUAAUAAAGGUUA